ACGGAACUGAGCUAAAGGGCAGGUUUUAUUGGGCCCGGACAAAUCGAGAUGAAAAGCUACGGUAGUCAAUAAAAUUAAUCAAUCCCGAGUUUCUUGUCUUCAGGGCGCACCUUGCUAAUGCUUGUAUAGUGCCGUUAGCAGCCGGUGCAGUGGUCUAGGUUCCUCUCCCCAUGUGACUUCAAAGUUUAAACAUCCCACUUUCUACUUUCUACCUUCCACCAACGACAACAACCUCUCCCGUCGUCGUCCACCUGACGAGAGGUCAGCAACAAUGAUGUUCCAGCCACUUCUGUCCCGGACUCUCCUCCGGCGGCCAAUUCCCCCCAACCAAUUAAUCGAUGGCAGACUUCACCAAUUACAGGCCCUCGCACGACUAGUGUCUACCACCCCCAAACCCCCAGCUUCAACACCACCGCCAGCCGCAAACCCGAAAGCCCCAAACAUGUCCUUCGUCAAUACCUUCACAGCGCGUAUCAAAGAUGACAGCCGGCGUCGUGGUUCUCGUGCAACAACUGGCUCCUCGCGCAACCUGAGAAUGCGCACAUACAAGCCCCGCACACCUGGUCUCCGUCACCUCAAGCGUCCAAUAGAGGACCACCUCUGGAAAAAGGGCCCCUUCAGGCCAUUAACCUUCACAAAGAAGGGCACUGGAGGGCGUAACCACACGGGGAGGAUAACAUGCCGACACAGAGGUGGUGGGCACAAGCGAAGGAUCCGCACGGUGGACUUCCACAGAAUUUCCCCGGGCCCACAUACGAUUGACCGGAUCGAGCGUGAUCCGGGGAGGAGUGCUCACAUAGCGCUAGUCACCAAUAAUACCACCGGCCGGAAGAGUUACAUUCUCGCGGCCGACGGCCUGCGCGCUGGGGAUACAGUGCAGUCGUAUCGGGAUGGUAUCCCCGAUGAUCUUAUGGCGGCUAUGGGCGGGCGUAUCGAUCCGGGCAUGUUGGCUGCCAGGACCACGACGAAGGGGAAUUGCUUACCUAUGCAUAUGAUCCCGAUUGGGUCUGUCGUGUUCGGGGUUGGGUCGAAGGAGAAGGGUGGAGCGGUGUUUUGUCGGGCUGCGGGGACCUACGCUACCGUUGUGGCCAGGGAACCCGCUACGAAGAGUGUUAUUGUCAAGAUGCAGAGCGGGGAGGUACGGAGAGUUUCGAAGUUUGCGGCGGCAACGAUGGGAGUUGCAAGCAAUACGACUUGGCAGCACAGGCAGUUGGGAAAGGCUGGGAGGAGUAGGAAUUUGGGGAUCCGGCCAACAGUUAGGGGCGUUGCGAUGAAUGCUUGUGAGCCUCCCGUUUCUAUUUCCUUGUUCAUCUUAUUGAAAUGCAUUGUUUGUGUUCUCCCUCUCGGUGGUAGUAACGGCGUGGAAGGGGGAGGGUAUCCGGUGCGAUGUGGUGAUACCAGUGCCUUCCCCCGCGCGCCAACCGGCACAGUAUACUUGCUCGAUUGAGUAAACACCUGCCAUAUUCUCUCCUAACCCCCCACUCCUCUCCCCAUCUCCCUUACCCAGUUCCCCGGGAACCCACCCACCCCCGUUACCCAAUCCGUCGCAAGAGGAUAUGCGUGGGAACACACGGACCCCGGCGGUCAUGCCCUCGGGAGAAACCGUGCAAGGUUGAGAAAGGGCAACGACCCACCAAUAUACCCAAAUCUUAUUACCCCCAUACCUGCCAAUUGGGCUCUCUCUCCCUACCAAAAGAGCCCUUUCCCUAAUACCGGUAUACACGUACUAACCGCUAUACCACCCGCCCAGGCGACCAUCCCCACGGAGGAGGCCGUGGUAAAAGCCAAGGAGAUAAAGCCCCCGUCAGUCCUUGGGGUAUCCCAGUAUGUUUGUCCCUACCGCUGCUCCUUCUAUCCCACCGUUCAUUCGUUCCUGUUUAUUACGUGAUUUGAGGGUGAAACGUGGAGUCUCAGCUCAGACUGCUCUACCUUUAUAUAUAUCCCGAUUACUGAGCAUAGUGUGUGUGCUAACGGCUGGCGGUUUCGCCGGGGGAAUUAGACCAAGGCGGGGUACAAGACUCGUACGACUUCCCCCCCCCCUUUUUUUUCUUUCCAAGUUUAUUUUACUCUAUUUCAUUUUGGAAGCGUGGUUUGGCUAAUGAUUCGCGGUGGCGGGUCCAGGCCCUCGUGGUAAGCCGAACAAGUAUGUUGUCACUCCAAGGGCGAGGAAUCACGGGAAGAGGAAGAACAAGAAUUAGGAUUGCCGUUGCGGUAAGCUAUUAUGGGUGAUUGUUGGACGGGUUCCUCUCUUUUUUCUUUUUUUUUCUUCUCCUUUUUUCUUUUGUUCCUGUUCACCCGUUCAAAUGUGGCGCUCGAGUAGGGUUUGGCAAGCCCAGGCACCGUGGCAUGUCCCGCAUGGUAGAGGAUGUGCAUUAUAAAAAUCUGUGUAUAUAAAUACAAGCCUAAACAAAGCAAAAAAAGAAGAGAGAAGGAAACAACAUAUUCCAGACCU